AUGUCAACUACCACAGCGACGGCGAUGCAAAGCUCUCGCCCGCCUAUCAUUCCUAAAGAUUUCUCCGCUCAGCAACCUCAAACGAUCCGUUUAUACCCACUCUCCAAUUACACAUUCGGCACCAAAGAAACGCAACCGGAGGAGGACCCCUCGGUCCUGGCCCGUCUAAAGCGCCUUGAGGAGCAUUACGAGCAGCAUGGCAUGAGACGGACUUGCGAAGGUGUUCUUGUUUGCCACGAACAUAACCAUCCUCACGUGUUGAUGCUACAAAUCGCCAAUGCCUUUUUCAAGCUUCCCGGUGACUAUCUUCACUUCGAAGACGAUGAGGUGGAGGGUUUCAAGAAGCGACUAAAUGAGCGGCUGGCGCCUGUCGGGUCACAGUUCUCAGGCGAAGGCGUCAACGAAGACUGGGAAAUCGGCGACACACUUGCGCAAUGGUGGCGGCCGAAUUUUGAGACUUUCAUGUACCCCUUCCUGCCCGGUCAUGUUACCCGGCCAAAGGAGUGCAAAAAGUUGUACUUCAUUCAGCUACCUAAGAAGAAGGUCCUCUCAGUACCGAAGAACAUGAAGCUUCUUGCUGUGCCGCUGUUCGAACUGUACGACAACACCGCCCGUUAUGGUCCACAACUGUCCGCUAUCCCUCACCUACUGUCCCGGUAUAACUUUGAAUUUGUGGAUGAGAACGACAACGUCGUCGCGGCGACCCCGGGUACACCGCUUCCUGAAGGCCAGAUCCCUAAGACCAAGGUCCUCGCAGGAGACAAUGAAGGGCAGGACGAAGGAAUGGCCGACUACACCGGAGAUCCAACCGAGAAUGGAGGACAGUGA